GGUAGCCUCUGAGAGAGGACUUACUGCAUCGGUAUCUUCCUGUUGCUGUCAAAGAAAACAACUAAACCAGGGGUAAAAUGGACGUGGGAGCGUCUCUGUUCCUGCUCGGUUCGUCUGCCGUUGCCGUGUGGUUCAUCUUCGUGCGCAGAGUCACCGGCGGGCCGACGAAAUUCCAGCGCCGGAAGACGGGAAAGGCCGACCCGGCAGCCGGGUACGGUCUCAAACCUGCAAAAUUACCUCCUGUGACGGGAUUCCCUCUCAAGAUUCUCACAACUCUGAUCAACUCAGUCUUUGGGACAAAAAUUCUCAUUCCCCAUGCAUACAAAACUUCCAAUGGCAAUCUCUUGAGGAAGAUUGUGAUUCCAGAGGACCCCACCAUGUAUCCCAUCAUGCCUUUUGAUGGUCCCAGCAUGCCUUUGGGCAGCAAGAGCUCCACUGACCUUACUGACCUCACACGACCCAGAACGAAGGCCCAAGAUGACUUUCACCACUGGGAAGUAGCUGACUUCAUACAGGCAUACACCUCAGAGACCAUGACGCCCACAGAAGUUGCGGAGCGAGCCAUCAAGGCUAUCCAGGACAGCGAGAGGAGUAAACCUCCACUCAGGGCCAUCGUUCAGUACGAUGUAGCAGAAAUUAGGAAGAUGGCUGCUGCCUCUACUGAGCGCUACAGGAAGAAUGCUCCCCUCUCCCCACUGGAUGGAGUUCCUGUCUGUAUCAAGGAGGAGCUCGCAGUGGUGCCUUACUACCACCGUAGUGGAACAGACUGCCUUGGCUGUGACACCCCUGCCUCUGUAGACUCCACUGUCGCGGCCAAGCUACGGGAGGCGGGCGCGGUCAUUCUGGGUACUGCCAACAUGCACGAACUGGGAAUGGGCGUCACUGGAUGUAACCCUAACAAGCUCCAUGGGACGGCCAAGAACCCAUAUAACCCACAGUACUUCACAGGCGGCAGCUCCAGUGGCUCAGCCUCUGCUGUGGGUGCAGGGAUUUGUCCCAUUGCCAUUGGAACUGAUGCGGGUGGAUCUAUCCGUAUUCCUGCAGCACUAUGUGGUGUGGUAGGGCUGAAAGGUACAUUUGGCCGUGUGAGUGACCAUGGUGGUAAACUCCCCGACACGCCGUGUGAAUGUGCCUCAAUCCUGCAUGUUGGUCCCAUUGCUGCUUCUGUUAGGGACGCUGCCAUUGCCUUUGCAUUGACAGCAGGACCAGACCCCAAGUAUCCACAUGGUUUGAACCAGCCAAUCAUUGACUUUGAGAAUCUGGACAACACCAACCUGACUGGUAUCCGGGUAGGGGUGGACUGGCGCUACCUCAGGCAUUCCUCCAACUGUAUUGUUGCAGCUUGUGAGAAAGCCAUUGAGCACCUGGAGCGUUGUGGUGCCGACAUCGUGGACGUACAGAUCCCGGAGCUGGAGGAGGCCAGGAUCGCUCACACCUGCAUCGUCAUCACGGAGAUGGCCACCGCCCUGGCGGAAAGUUUCAGUACCAUGUACAACAAGCUGACCCUGCCCACCCGUGGACUAUUGGCCAUGAGAGAGACCAUCCCAGCGUAUGACUACAUUCAGGCUAUGAAGCAAAGGACUCGCACCAUGAAUUUCCUGAAGGAAAUCUUCAACAAGGUGGAUGUGAUCAUCACUCCUGGCACUGGGGCACUAGCACCACGGACAAGCCUGGGAGCGCUGACCUAUGGCAGGACCCCUGAUACACAGGACAGUGCCAUCAUGAGGUUCAUGUUCCUGGGUAACCUGGCUGGCAUCCCUGGCAUCACCGUCCCCAUUGGCUACAGCAGCAGCAACAACCUUCCCAUGAGCCUCCAGGUGCAGGCCGGCUGGUGGCAGGAGAGUGUGAUGCUGAGGGUGGCCCACGCCGUGGAGAGAGGCACCAAACACGCCAAGCCUCAGGUCCACUUCUCACUGCUGGGCUGACAACAACCUCCACAAAUAGGGUUCUGAGACUUCUAGAAAUGGUAUAGCCU